CCGCCUCUGUCACUCCAUGUCCCUCUUUCUCGCGAGCGGUCCUAGGAAAGAAUAAUUCGGUCGUUGAUCUCGCAUGGCAAAUCUAGUUGCUACGGCGUAGUCCUUCCUUUUUUUCUUCCUUCUUCCACAGGCAAGCAAGCCAGGGUGACCAACUACGAGGAAUCCCCGCGAAAACAUGAAUAUUCCCCCCCUCAGACCGUCGCGCAACAACACAACGCCAUGGGCCACGUAACCGAACCCGGAAACGCGACCGGCCAUGGACAGCGAAGCGGAAACGUAUCCGACGUCUAUGCUGCUCAGUCAGGCGAUGCCAAACACCACAACCGCGUCGCGAAGGCGGACGGCGUUGCUGCCCAUCAUGCCGACGCCGACAGAUCCGCCUCCAAGGGCCAUUCGGUUAAGGGCAGUGGCAGGAGAACCGAUGAUUCCCACGCUGCAAAGAUCGUCCAAGAGGAGAACGAGAAUAGGAACAAAUUCCCCAAGUAUCCCGGUCUAGAACGGUGGGCGCUGUUGGAGAAGAUGGGCGACGGCGCAUUCAGCAAUGUCUAUCGGGCGAGAGACUUGACGGGCGACACCGGCGAGGUCGCCAUCAAAGUCGUCCGGAAGUUUGAGAUGAACAACAUGCAGGGCCACAAGCAUCUACAUGCGGAUUUCAAAAAGGCUCCGAAGGCUGCAGAGCGAGCGAAUAUUCUGAAGGAGGUUUCGAUCAUGCGCCAGCUGGAUCAUCCUAACAUCAUCAGGCUCGUCGACUUCUCCGAGUCGAAGCAGUACUACUACAUCAUCCUCGAGCUGGCGCCCGGCGGAGAACUGUUCCACCAGAUUGUGCGCCUCACAUACUUCAGCGAGGACCUCUCUCGACACGUUAUCGUGCAGGUGGCUAAGGCGUUGGAAUACCUUCACGAGGAGAAGGGGGUCGUGCAUCGCGACAUCAAGCCCGAGAACAUCUUGUUCAGCCCCAUCCCCUUCGUUCCGUCCCGGCACCCGGAGCCGAGACCGCCCGGAGACGAGGACAAGGUCGACGAGGGCGAAUUCGUCCCGGGCGUGGGGGCCGGGGGUAUCGGCCAGAUCAAGAUUGCCGACUUUGGCCUGUCCAAGAUCGUCUGGGACAACCAGACCAUGACGCCGUGCGGUACUGUGGGAUACACGGCGCCUGAGAUCGUCAAGGACGAGCGGUAUUCGAAGUCGGUUGAUAUGUGGGCCCUCGGCUGUGUGCUCUACACGUUGCUGUGCGGCUUCCCUCCGUUCUACGACGAGAGCAUCGAGGUGCUCACCGAGAAGGUUGCCAAGGGUCAAUUCACCUUCCUGUCGCCGUGGUGGGAUGACAUUUCGAAGUCUGCCCAGGAUCUCAUAAGCCAUCUUCUCACCGUCGACCCCGAAAAGCGAUAUACCAUCACCCAGUUCUUGAAGCACCCGUGGGUCCAAGGAUCCAGCCCUACGCCGCGAGGCGAGAAAAGGCCGUCGGGCCAGGACGUGCUACGCGCCUUCGACGCCGGGCGAUUUAUUGACGGCGAGCGUCGCAUUGAUUUCCGGUCUCCCGGUGCCGUAAACCUGCGCGAGAUAUUCGAUGUUGGCUACUCUGUGCACCGGCAAGAAGAAGAGGCCAAGCGACGGAAACAGAUAGGUGCCAAAGGGGCUGCGCCGGCACGUCUGUCCGGCCUCGACGAAGAUUUGGAAGAGGAUGAGUCAGACCCCGAGUACGUACACGACAAUGCCGACGCCCAGCAACUCGAGCAGACCAUGCGGAAAACCCAUCUGGGCAAGGACCAGGAGCGCGGGAGAGAGCGGGAGAGGCAUACCGAAAAGGAACAACGCGGAUACGGCCAACAUAGUGCAGCCGUUGCUCAGGCGGCGCGGCAGCAAGUUCGUGAUCGCCACAAGCAGCGCGGCGUGUUCGAGCUCAACCUGGACGGCGCGACGCUGCUGGGUAGACGUGCGGGGAAAGCCACAGCCAGUGUCGGCGGCUCAUAGGAUCUUCCAGUCGACGGUGGUCGUGAAGAGGGGGGGGAAUCUUGGCGCCAAAAUUAACGGUAUACGCUACGCUCGUCGGUAGAACAUCCAUCUCAACCACCGGCCUUUUCAGAGGGACCACCAGUGUGUACGAGGACUAGGAGGGGUUUGGAGGCGUGGGUAGUAUUGAUUUGAACGAACAACAUAACUGGGGGCAACAACGCUUUUACACAUGGGGGCAGGCGUUCCCGGAAUGAUAAUCGUACUUGAAAUAUCCAACCGAGUUUUCACGCCUCUAGGUAACAAAUCUCGCAGAACGAUCCCAUCCCUAUGUCGCGCUAUUCCCAUCUGAUGUACCAUGAUCUUUUGGCGAUGCUGUUACUACGCUGCUUGCGGCAUCCCCAGGAGCUUAGGGGCUCGACGUCUCGAGCAAUUCUCGAUCUCGCAUCGUGAUCAGAAAGCCGCCAUCUCUGCUAGACAAUAUUCCAUAAGUACGGACCCUCCUCCCUAUCUCUAGCCCCCCGCCAUGAUAAACGCCUUUGAGCGCUCGUGCCAUCCCGAGGAAGGAGCUGGAGGAUGAACAUAUAUCUAGAGCGUGGCGACGGUCAAACGAUUCGUAGGUGAAAUAAGGGGGGUUAUGGAAGGGGGAAGGGAGGU